AUGGCUACAUUUACUCGCCUUGCGGACGAUGAGCGUCCUACCAUCUCAGUAGACCCCAGUGCCGUCCUCUCCAAGAUCGAAGAUAACAUCUAUGGAGGUUUCACAGAACACAUGGGUCGCUGCAUCUACGGCGGCAUCUACGACCCCGGAAACCCCCUGUCCGAUGAGAACGGCUUCCGCAAAGAUGUCAUCGAGGCCAUGAAAGAGCUGAACUGCCCUGUCGUGCGGUACCCCGGCGGUAACUUUGUUGCGACGUAUCACUGGCAGGAUGGUGUCGGCCCCAAGGAGAAGAGACCUGCUAGACCUGAACUUGCCUGGAUUGGUACCGAGAGCAAUGAGUUUGGUACAGAUGAGUUUCUCAAGUGGUGUGAGGUCGUAGGCACUGAGCCUUAUUUCUGCCUUAACUUUGGAACUGGAACUCUCGAUGAAGCUCUGGCCUGGGUUGAGUACUGCAACUCUGACAGACCUAGCUACUACGCCAACCUCCGUCGUCAAAACGGCCGCGAAAAGCCCUACAAUGUCAAGUACUGGGCUCUCGGUAACGAGAUGUGGGGAGCUUGGCAAGUCGGCCAGAUGACAAAGGAGGACUACGCAAAGAAGGCCUACCAGUGGGCCAAGGCCAUCAAGCUCCUAGAUCCCAGCGUCGAGCUGAUUCUCUGCGGUGAGACUGGACACAGCACCUGGGACUCGUAUGUCAUUAAGGAGUGCAUCAAGUUUGAUAUCCAUGGACUCGGUGGAAGUACCACUGCUAGUCUGAUCGAUCAGCACAGUAUUCACAUCUACACUGCUAGCUCAGAUCACUACAAGAACGCUACUGCCCCUCGAUCUGCUGAGCGUGCCAUUGAGAUCGCAGCCGGCCUCAUCGAUCUCGCCCGCAUUGAGAACAACGUCCCUCCCACCGUCCGUCGCCAAAAGAUCUGCUUCGACGAGUGGAACGUCUGGGAUCCUGAGCGCGCCCCCGGUGAAGAAGGCGCAGAGGAGAAGUACAACCUUUCCGACGCCCUCGCCGUCGCUGUUUGGCUCAACGUCUUCAUCCGCCAAUCCAAGCACAUGGGCAUGGCCAAUAUCGCCCAGAGCGUCAACGUCAUCUCCCCGCUCAUGACCACAAAGGACGGCAUCCUCAAACAAUCUACCUGGUGGCCCCUCCUGCUGUACAGCAAGUACAUGCGCGGCUCCACCAUCGCCGUCAACCUCCGCGGAGGCGAGUACCUGGGCGACACACAACCCGCGUGGAUCAGAGGCGCCAUCGAGACGCCCUGGCUGGACGUCAGCGCAGCGCUGGACAAGGACGGCGUUGUGAACCUCGCCGUGGUGAACAUCCACCAGGAGAAGGACUUCGAGACAGAGCUCAAGGGUCUUACGGCUGGAAAGGAGGUCGAGGUGCAUACUGUUAAUGGUGCGGAUGUCAAGGUCGUUAACACGGCGGAGAAGGAGGAGGUUGGAAUUAAGGAGUCCAAGUGGAAUGGCGAGGGCUUGUUUACGUUCCCUAAGCACUCGUUUACUCUGCUACGGUGGAAGCUGUAG